AUGGCGAUGACUAGGGAUGCGAGUGGCGGUGGGCGGUGCCUCGACGACGAAGGUGAUGCUGCAAGCACCGUGCUCGAUGGUUCUCCCUGGAAAAUUAUCCCAUCUGCAAAUCUUCCAGUGUUGAGCGAAUACAAGCAUUGUCUCCUGAUCGUUCGCCACAUGUAUAGCAUGCCUAUUGGUUUGAUUUUGGUGAAAGUUCUCGCCCUAACAGAUCAUGAUACCAUGGCUGGUAUACCGGAAGCUAUGUCUGCAGCUCAUAAAUGUGGCAUAAGAAUAAUUCCUGGAGUAGAAAUUAGUGCACUACAUUCUCCACGGGAAAUUCCUGGCGCUGGUGAACCUGUUCAUAUUCUUGCAUACUAUGGUAUGUGUGGCCCAUCAAGGUUUGAUGAGUUGGACAGCAUGCUCUUGAACAUUAGAAACGGGCGAUACCUACGCGCAAAGAAUAUUCUGGCAAAGCUAAACAGUUUGAAGAUGCCAAUAAAGUGGGAGCGUGUAACUAAGAUUGCUGGUGAGGGAGUGGCACCUGGUCGACUCCAUAUUGCAAGGGCUUUGGUUGAAGCAGGUUAUGUAGAUAAUGUCAGGCAAGCGUUUAAUAAGUAUCUUGGUGAUGAUGGCCCUGCAUAUGCCACAGGGAGUGAACCAUUUACUGAAACUGUGGUGCAGAUGAUUAGCCGUACUGGAGGUAUAUCUGCAUUAGCCCACCCAUGGUCAUUGAAGAAUCCGGAUGCCAUCAUUAGGUCCUUGAAAGGUGCUGGUCUUCAUGCUAUGGAGGUUUACAGAAGUGAUGGGAAGGUUGAUGGGUUUAGUCAAUUAGCUGAGAAGUAUGGACUUCUGAAGCUUGGAGGUUCAGAUUUUCAUGGAAAAGGCACGAAAGACGAGACUGACGUUGGAGAAGUUAAGCUUGCUAUUACAACUUUAUCGUCCUUCUUGGAGAUGGCUCGGCCUAUCUGGUGUAGUGCAAUGAAAGACAUCUUACUGAAGUUUGCAGAGGAACCAUCUGCUGCCAAUCUAGGGAAGAUACUUAAGUUUGGACAACUUUCAAAUUCUGAUGGCUUUGCACCAAUUGAUAGUGGUACAGAUGUUGUUAAUCUCUGCUUAUCUUCAUGGUUAAGUUAUGAUGAUAUGGAAGAUAUUGAGCUUGAGGAAGUACGAUCAAAGCUUGUUUGCUACGCAGCAAAAACAUAA